UGUCAAAACCUGCGCCGUGGUUCCCAUAGCAACAAAAACGCCCCCCCCUGACAACGCUGCAAUGGCCUCCCUGACAGACGCAGAGAUGGCGGAGAUUGCCAAACUUCAGAGAGAGGAGGGUGUGCAGCAGCUAAGCGGUCACUUCUCGUGGCCUGAGUUCUCUGGGGACGCUGUAUGGCAGAGCGCCCAUCAACAGUUUGUUUACGAGUGUGCCAUGUUCGCCGUCGACCGCGGCCUGGCCUGGAGUGCUGUGAGAGCAGUGGCCGGGAUGACUAGAGACCUGUUCCCUCAGCUAGCUGAUUUGGACCCGCCCAGAGUGCUAGCCCUAAUUUCAGAUUGGCUGACAAAGUGUUUGCCCCGCCUACCUCCUGCCCACCACAAAGCAGUCUUCCACUUCCUGUCUGACACUUGUGUCACUAGUCAACGACUGCUACAAGCUGUGGUGGUCGGGACCAGUCACCGGUCAAUCAAUCAGAAACACCUGGAGGUUCAUGUGCCCCCAACACCCCUCCCCCUGGCACAGGGUGAUGAUGAGUGUGCGUUGGAGCGCCAGCGUGUGUGUGCCCUGCUACAGGUUGCCAAGCAACAGAAGAGGGAGGAACUUCGGAGGCUCAGAGAGGAGGAGGGGCCACAGGGGUCAGAGGUCAGAUUGGACACAUUAAAUGACCGCAGACUCGACAGAGAGGAGGUGGCAGACCUAGUGCGGUCUACUGUGAGGGCCACAGGAGAGCUGCUGAUGGGGAGGCUGCUGAAGGAGAGUAGCCUGGUGCAUGACCUACUGGAGCUCAGCCUGCAACACACAGCCCUUACCACCGGGGAGAACUCUAUACACCCUGACCACACACACACCCUGACCUCACACAAUCGAAGGAUCCCACCGGGGUCAUACACGCAGCUAAACCCAAGAUGAGGUGAGAGGACCAAGAUGAGGUGAGAGGGGGAAGAGGCCAUGCUGACACAAAAAUCAGUAAUAAAGUAUACUGAACAAGAAUGUAAACACAACAUGCAACAAUUUCUAAGAUUUUGCUGAGUUACAGUUCAUAUAAGAAAAUCAGUCAAUUGAAAUAAAUAAAUGUAUCUUGUCAAUAUGUCAGUGUAUCAUGUUUGUUUGUAACAGUGUGUUAUAUGUGAAAAUGUGAUUGUAUUAUACAUUUAUUGUAAUGGAAGAUUAGUCCAAAUAAGGACUCAAAAUAAAAAUCCAAUCAAAUUAGGCCCUAA